AUUUCGUGUCCACAUCCGGCGGCGGGAGAUCCCAGAAGCCUCGUUGCUGCAGUGAAAAGGCGCUGCUGUGACUUUGAGGCCGUGUUCACAUGUUUGAAUCUGAAGCUUGUCUGUCUGCAGGCUUACAGAUAAUAUCUGAUCGGUCUGUUAAAGUCAUCAGAGCUGUCUGUGCAGCACAGACAAGAUGUUGAGAAGCGCCUCAGCACAGUUAUUCAGACAGGUGGUGAGAUACAGGAGCACAGACGCCACCCUCGUCCUGGAGAGAUCGAUAAACCGUGUGCAGCUGUUGGGCCGAGUGGGUCAGGACCCGGUGAUGAGACAAGUGGAGGGUCGUAACCCCGUUACCAUCUUCUCGCUAGCGACCAAUGAAAUGUGGCGGUCUGGAGACGGGGAGACAAACUCACCAGGUGACAUCAGUCAGAAGACGACGUGGCAUCGUGUGUCUGUGUUCAAACCUGGUCUGAGAGACGUGGCCUACCAGUACGUCAAGAAAGGGUCGAGGAUUCUAGUUGAAGGGAAACUGGAUUAUGGGGAAUAUGUGGACAAGAACCAAGUCAGACGUCAAGCCACCACCAUCAUCGCAGACAACAUCGUCUUCCUGAGCGACAACGUCCGAGAGAAGGUCUGAAGCACCCUCCUCUACGUCUCCACCCACCAAGACAACUUUUUGUAUUCUCCUGUUUGUACAAAACUAAAACUGAGGACCUGAACGCCACCAAAUAGAGGAAGUGACUUUCCCAAAGAAAAGGAGCGGUGACAGAAUACGCUGUAACGCUGGUCACGUUUGACUGUGGUGCCUCCUGUAGACCUUGAGGCAUCAGGAGAAGCAGAAGGAGCCCAUGUGUAGUAUAAAUACACUCAGUGAUUAUGAUUGUGCUACUUGUACAUAAACAUUACAAAGACACAGUUUGAGCCCUUUCACGUUUACUCAAGUUUUAAGAAGUGGAAAUACAGUGAGAGAGACUUCACAGUUGGAGGAGUCAGUACAAGAUGUUGUAGAAGUUGUAACUCUGUUAAGAGCAGCUCUUAUUCCUGCCGAGGAUCAUUAACAAGUUAUUGUUUUCUUCUUUGUGUCAGUUGAGACUCUUUACUUUUUCUUCACAUACUUUUUUUAAGAAGCAUAGAAAUACAAAAAAACAGUGGAACAAUUGGAAAUAUGUCACGUAGACUCUAAACUCAGUAAAUCACAAGUUGUUUCUUGUGAGAACUUUUCAAAGCCCCCUAUUACAUGUAUGUGUUGGGGACUAUUUGCAGCUGCAGAUAAAUCAUGGGAUUUGUCGCCAAUAAUGAACACACAGAUCACCAACAGAUUUAUCCCUCAAACAAAUUAAAGUAUUUGUUCCUUCUUGUACUCAUCUGACUUGUCUCUGUGUUAAUUUUCAACUCUGUCAUGCACUUCUCUUUAUGCAAAUCAAUCAUGACUGAAGGUUGUUAAACUGCAGAGAAAUGUGCAGAACGCAAAUUUAGUGGAAGCACCUUCAAUUGCAUUCACAUUUUUUCCUGCUCAUAUACCUGAGUUGUGUAGUUAUACUUUAAUAUUAAUGUAUGUAUUUGAUGUUCCGCUCCUGAUUUCUGCUUUGUCACUCUCUUGUCAGUUGUUAUCACACGUAUCUGUUUGUCAUUUCCUUCCUGAGUAGUGACUUGUUGCUUUCAGCUCAGCACUGCAGGUUUAUGUCUCUGUAUCGUUUGCUAUAAUAUACCUUUUUUUUUUACCCCCCUCACAA